GCUGCUGUCAUUUAGGCGACGGAGAAACAGCGUGUGAAGGCAGAAGCUGCAGAAGUUGAGGAGCUUUAAUUUAACCAUGCUGACACUGACAUUACGACAAAUAACCAGGCCCCUGUGCCGGCGUGUCCAGCGCUCCUCUGCUUCAGUGUGUGUGCGUGCCGAGGGCUCCUGGACGGGGCAGGAGAGUCUGUCACAGGAUGACCCAGAGAUGUGGGAUCUGCUGCUGAAGGAGAAGGACAGACAGUGUCGAGGACUGGAGCUCAUCGCCUCUGAGAAUUUCUGCAGUCGUGCGGCUCUGGAGGCUCAGGGUUCGUGUCUGAACAAUAAGUACUCAGAGGGAUACCCGGGGAAGAGGUAUUACGGCGGAGCGGAGGUGGUGGAUCAGAUCGAGUUGUUGUGUCAGAAGAGAGCUCUGGAGGCGUUUGAUCUGGACCCUCAGCUCUGGGGUGUGAAUGUUCAGCCGUAUUCUGGAUCUCCAGCAAACUUCGCUGCGUAUACAGCAGUGCUGAACCCACACGAGCGCAUCAUGGGCCUGGACCUGCCUGAUGGCGGACAUCUCACACACGGGUACAUGUCUGACGUCCGGCGCAUCUCCGCCACUUCCAUCUACUUUGAGUCGAUGCCCUACAAACUCAACCCUAAAACAGGCCUGAUCGACUAUGAUCAGAUGGAGCUGACGGCGAAACUCUUCAGACCCAAACUCAUCAUCGCUGGAACCAGCGCCUACGCCAGACUCAUCGACUACUGCCGCAUCAAGACGCUGUGCAGCGAGAUCAACGCAUACAUGCUGGCCGACAUGGCGCACAUCAGCGGACUGGUGGCGGCUAAAGCCAUUCCCUCACCAUUCCAGCACGCAGACAUCGUCACCACCACCACACACAAAUCACUGCGAGGCUCCAGGGCGGGGCUUAUCUUCUACCGUAAGGGUGUGCGAUCGGUGGAUAAGAAGGGCAAAGAGAUCAUGUAUGAUCUGGAGGAGAAGGUCAACUUCUCUGUGUUCCCUUCGCUUCAGGGCGGCCCACACAAUCACGCCAUCGCCGGCGUCGCUGUGGCCCUCAAACAGGCCACGUCGCCCAUGUUUCAAGAGUACAUCGCUCAGGUUCUGAAGAACUCCAAGGCCAUGGCGGCAGCGCUGCUGGACAAGGGAUACACACUCGUCUCUGGUGGAACUGAUAAUCAUCUGGUGCUGGUGGAUCUGCGGCCGCAGGGGAUGGAUGGAGCACGUGCAGAGCGAGUGCUGGAGCUGGUGUCCAUCACAGCCAACAAGAACACCUGCCCUGGAGACAAGAGCGCACUCACACCAGGAGGACUGAGACUGGGUACUCCAGCUCUGACCUCUCGGCAGCUGAAGGAGUGUGACUUCCAAAAGGUCGUGGAGUUCAUCCAUCAGGGCAUCCAGAUCGGGCAGGACGUCAAGAAGAAGACCAAAAAGCUCUCGGAUUUCAAGAGUUUCCUUCUGGAAGAUGCGGAGACGGUUUCUCGCAUCGCGGAUCUGCGCAGUCGUGUGGAGGCGUUCGCGCGUCCCUUCCCCAUGCCUGGAUUCCACGACCAUUAAAUGAAAAAUUCAGGGAUUAUUUUUCUUUCUUUUUUUGACCUUCAGAUCAAUCACCACGUUAUUAAUCAUUCACUGACUCUAAAAGUCUUAAGAUGACCAGUAGUGUGUGUAGGUGCUCUGCAAAACUAUGGUAUUACUUAAAGUUUGUGUCUUGUUUCUAGUCCAAAUAUGUAAUAAUUCCUAAAUCAGGAAGCAUUUUCUACACAAGCAAUACUUAUAGUGUUGUUUUCAGAAAUAAUGAGUCAAAAUGAAGUGAGUAUUUCCUUAAAACAAACUAAAUAAUAUGAGAAAGGUGUAAGCAAAAUAAUUUUAUUUUCAAUUUGAGGUAAGAUCAUUUAUUUUGCUCUGUUGGCAGAUUAUUUAUCUUGUUUUAAAGAAAAACUCACUUCAUUUUGACUCAUUAUUUCUGAAAACAAGACAAUACUAUGUGCUUGUCUGGAAAAUGCUUCUUGAUUUAACUAUUUUCAGAUAUUUGCGCUAGAAACGCGACAAACACUCUAAGUUGGAACAGUAUUUUGUGCAGUGUAUUGACAUGAACCAGUGAAAACAGACAGUAUUUGACAGUAACUUUGGUUUGCAUUCAGACGUCAGUGUUGUGGAUGGUUUAUAUAUGUCUGUGAUGGUGUUCAGGACACUACUAACAACUUUAUCUUGCAUAUCAAGUAAUGAACAAAUAUAUUUAACAAACUAAUGAUGAUUAGAGGAAAAGCUUACCAAAAACUGAGAGUUACCCCAUAAUUUAACUAACUGGCCCUCAAUACAUUUACCCUCAGUGUAUAAGACUUUCUUCUUUCAGACAAACACAGUCGGAGGAGGUUUACAUUUUAUUUGGACUUUACCAUGCUGUAUAAUGGUGUUGGAUAGAGACUUUUAUUUUGAAGCAUAUAAUUAUGAUAUUAAACUAACCCACAUGUGCAUCUGCGUACCAAACCGAACCGUACCGUACCACUAAUAUUAAACAAACAUUUUGUGGUUAAAUUAUGGGGUAAUUCUCAUUUUUUUGGUGAGCUAUUCCUCUUAUCAUCAUUAGUUUGUUAAAUCCAUUUGCUCAUCACUCGAUCUGGAAGAUAAAGAUGUUAGUACCAUAACGAACACCAUCACAGAUGUAUAUAAACCAUCCACAACACUGACGUCUGAAUGAAAAACCCAACAUACUGUCAAAUACUGUCUGUUUUCACUCGUUCAGCUCAAUAUACUCCACAAAAUACUGCUCUAACUUUGAGUUUUCAUCUUGUUUCUAGUGCAAAUAUCUAAUAAGUUUUAAAUCAAGAAGCAUUUUCUACACUUAUUAGAUAUUUGCACUAGAAACAAGAUGAAAACUUAAAGUUAGAGCAGUAUUUUGUGGAGUAUAUUGAGCUGAACGAGUGAAAACAGACAGUAUUUGACAGUAUGUUGGGUUUUUCAUUCAGACAUCAGUGUUGUGGAUGGUUUAUAUACAUCUGUGAUGGUGUUCGUUAUGCUACUAACAUCUUUAUCUUCCAGAUCAAGUGAUGAACAAACAUAUUUAACACACUAAUGAUGAUUAGAGGAAUAGCUCACCAAAAAAAUGAGAAUUACCCAACAAUUUAACCUCAAUACACUUAUCCUCAGUGACCUCAAGACUUUCUUCUUUCAGACAAACACAGUCAGAGGAGGUUUACAUUUUAUUUGGACUUUACCAUGCUGUAUAAUGGUGUUGGAUAGAGACUUUUAUUUUGAAGCACAUAAUUAUGUUAUAAAACUAACCCACAUGUGCAUCUAGAGGUUACACUGCACAAAAUGCUUGACUUGUGUAGAGUUUUAAUGUUGUUUCUAGUCCAGAAAUCUAAAUUCGUAGAUCAAGAAGCGUUUUCUAGACAAGCACAAAAUAUAGUCUUGUUUUGAGAAAUAUUAAGUCAAAAUUAAGUGAGUUUUUCCUUUAUAACAAGCAAAAUAAUCUACCAAUGGGGUGAGAAAAAUAAAUAAUGUUACAAGGAAAAACUAGAUUAUUACACUUCCCCCAUUAUCAGAUUAUUAAGCUUGUUUUGAGUAAAAACUCACUUCAUUUUGACUCAUUAUUUCUUAAAACAAGACUAGAUGUAUUGCUUGUCUAUUACUAAAUGUAAAUGUAGCAUUGCUAUAUGUAAAUGCUUCUUGAUUUCAGAGUUUGUAGAUAUUUGGAAAGGAAACAAGACAAAGAAAAGCGUGUUUGCAGUGUAAUGAAGUCUUAUGAAGCAGAUCCCUUUAUAUAACAAUAAUAAAUAAAUACUAUAAUGAAUUCUAACAAUAAAAAAAAUGAUAAUCAUAAAUUAAAAUCACUGACUGCUGUUGCUGAAUGCUUUUGGAAGCCUCAAAAAUACACCAUGGAAAUGAUCUAUACUGUAAUAUCAUUAAAUUAAAGGGUAAUUGUCAUAUUUGGGUGAACUACCCCUUUAUUGUUUACAUUUCUCCUAAGGAAAUCCACAGAGCAGUUCCUAUACCUGAUCCUCAGCAUUUUCACUCUUCAUUUUUGAUCAUCUGAUAAUUGUAAAUGUAGAGUGUAGUGUGUGUGUGAAGAUGUGUGCGCUUACUGCAUUACGACUGUGAACAAAUGCGCCCAUAUUGAUAAACUCUCCUUCACGUCUGCAAACCUCCACAUUCAUUCUGCUGGAUUCUGCCUGACUAAACGGCUUUAUAUCACAGAAACGAUUCUUUUUAAAUGGACAGAUCUGUACAAAUGAUUUUCUAAAAUCGUCUAAUCCAAUAAAAUCAUGUCGUAGAAAAAUGCUA